CCAUCAUCUCUUUCACGAAGAUAAUCUUUGACGUCACUGCUCACUGCCACCAUGUUAUCAAUUAUUAUCAACAAUCAAUUACAAUUUUUUGAGGUUAUUGGCUGCUGAAGAGUUAUAAGUUAUCGCCGGAGGUCGUCCUUCGAAUUUUUCAUCCUCGCCUGCAAUCAUGACGUCUAAAGUACCCUACAACGCCGAUACUGGGGGCGUUACUCCCAUGAACAUCGAAGGAAGACUCUUUGAUCAAAGAGAGCGUCUUCGGGGAAUGACUGAUGAGGACCGCAAAUUUCGUGCCCAGUUCUUGAAAGAUCAACGCUUAGCACCACAUGAGCCAGUCACACAUCUGCCUGAACUGUACUAUGACCUAGUUAAUCCUAUAAGGCGAUUCUACAGGAAACCUCUUGAUAUGGUCUUUGAUAAACUCAGAAUAGAAGAGCGAUUUGGACGUGAGACAGCUUUAUGUUAUCGUUUUUUCAUUGGAAAAGCUUUACUUUUGAUUGCCUCGGGUUAUGUUGCAACCUACUACUUUAUGUACAACCGUGGGACUUGGGAACGAAAGCACGGAUGGCACGUGCAUAUUGGUAGAGAGCCAGUUUACCCCGGUGAACCUGGAUACCCAAAACUUUCUAAUCGCACAUUUGCUGAUUACUGCGACAGAGAAUUCAAAAAUUCUCCAAUCUAAAUUGGACCUCUUGGAAUAAUGAACUUGAAAUCUUUUGAUGGUCCACCAGUUAAUUUUGGAGGUAUUAACUAUUUGAAUCUUAUUUUUUACUUCCCGGAGUUGGAAUUUGUAAAGCAAAUGAUUUAACUCUAGUUUGGAAAUAGUUUCUCCUGUGUAGAAUAACAAUCGCUUGUUUCUCUUUCUAUCAAAGUUUGUGGUCAUCAAAAGGUAGAAAAUUCAAUUUUUGUUAGUUUUGAUAUGUUGUUAUAGUUUUUGAGAUAUAAUGUAAUUUUACGUCAAUAUAUUGCCCUUAAAAGUUUGCCAAGGAGUUUUUCUGUAAUGUAAGAGAGAACUGUGGGUUUUUACCUCAGUUGUUUUUCUCCUCAAUCAGGAAAAUAACUUGUCUACUUGAAUUGUUAAAAACCUGUGAGAACAAAUAAAAAUAAAGGUAUCUCAAGAAAA